AAAUUUGAGAAAGAAAGACAUGGUUUUGGAGAGUGAAAAAUUGCAGAAACAGUUAAGAGACUGGUUAGCCUGUAUUAAAUUAAACUAAAAUCUCCUCUCUCUUCCCCUGAAACUUUUAGGAUGGUAAGACCAAAACUUGCAUUAAUUUGCCUUUUGGCACUAGCUUUAUAUCUCUUUCCUCAUGCUUCCACCGCUCGAAGCAUAAAUAAGCAUUGUGGAGUUACUUCGUGUGGAAACCUUAGCGUCAGUUACCCUUUUCGAUUAAAAUCCCAGCCUCAAGGCCGUGGUUUUAUGUGGUUUGAGCUGGUUUGCAACAACAACCGCACCAUCUUCCCUACGGAAGAUGGGGAUUUCUAUGUCCAAAACAUCUCUUAUGUUAACAAAACUAUUCAUCUGCUAGAUGUGAAUGUGGCCAACCAUAACUGCUCUAUUCCUCUCAGUUCCUUUCCUUUACCUAAUGCUAUUGCUGUUUAUGAAUAUAGCUAUAAUGAGUAUAGCAAUAUAUAUGUGGUGAAUUGCAGUAUGAAGAUGAACAAGUCUUGGCAUGGUGUUAAUUACAUCAAUGCUUCUCGUUGUUCUUCCUCUCCACAAACUAAUAAUAAUUUCUAUUAUUUUGUGGAUGGAGGAACUCCACCGUCUGAUUUCAAUCCUUCAUGCACUGUUGAAGCCAGGGUUCUGAUCAGUCUUCAUAAUAUCAGUGGACUUUCCACUUUUGAUAUUUACAAAAAGCUGAUGAUGGGCACCCGAAUUAAAUGGGACCUUCGGCUUCCCAAUAAUGUCAUACUUGAUUGGAGCUACGUUGUUAACUUACCGCUAUCGUUCUUACGGCUGUUGGCGCUAGAUAUACUAAGCAACCCGUACUGGAUUCUAUACAAACCCAUAAUUGUCUUCCGAAUUCCUUUCCUUGCAAUAACAGGGAUGUUUCUGAUAAGGACAUUUUUGGGGAUAUGUUGCUUGAUUGCUCUUGUUAUAUACAAAUUAAGAAGAAGACAUUUGUCGGUAGAUGAUGCGAUUGAGAACUUUCUUCAAAGUCAAAUAAAUUUUAUGCCUAUACGAUAUUCAUAUGCUGAAUUAAAGAAAAUAACAGGAGAUUUCAAGGAUAAAUUAGGUGAGGGAGGUUAUGGUACUGUGUUUAAAGGCAAACUUCGAAGCGGUAAUUUUGUUGCGGUAAAAUUGCUAAAGGAAUCGAAAGGUAAUGGCCAAGAUUUUAUCAAUGAAGUUGCAACUAUCGGAAGAAUUCAUCAUGUGAAUGUGGUUGAACUUGUUGGAUUUUGUGUGGAGGGGAAAAAACAAGCUCUUGUCUAUGAUUUCAUGACAAAUGGGUCUUUAGACAAAUUUAUAUUUUCAACAAAUAGCAGCUUGAGUUGGCAGAAGAUGUUUGAGAUAGCAGUUGGAGUUGGUCGAGGUAUUGAAUAUUUACAUAACGGUUGUGCUAUGAAGAUUUUACAUUUUGACAUCAAGCCACAUAACAUUCUAUUAGAUGGAAACUUUAAUCCUAAACUUUCAGAUUUUGGCCUUGCAAAGUUGCAUUCAGUGGAUGAUAGCAUUAUUUCUCUCACAGCAGCACGAGGUACACUAGGAUAUAUGGCUCCUGAAUUGUUUUAUAAAAAUCUUGGAGGUAUCUCGUAUAAAGCUGAUGUUUAUAGCUUUGGAAUGAUGUUAAUGGAAAUUGUGGGAAGGAGGAAAAAUCUGAAUGCUUUUGCUGACAAUUCAAGUCAAAUUUAUUUUCCUUCAUGGAUUUAUCAUCAAUUUGAAUUAGGAGAGAAUAUAGAGCUUGAAAGCAUGACAGAAAAUGUAAAUAAAAUUGUGAGGAAAAUGAUAAUCGUUGCAUUUUGGUGCAUACAGACGAAGCCCAUACAUCGUCCUACAAUGACCAAAGUUUUGAAGAUGCUUGAAAGUGAAGAAGAGCUCUUUGAAAUACCUCCCAAGUCUUUUCUAUUUUCUGUGGACAUGUCUAGUAAUGAUAAUGAUUAUUGAAUUAAUAUUAUGUAAUGCAAGUUAUGCAAUGUUUAGAAGGAGAAUUUGCUUUCA